AUGGAAAUUCCUGAAAGUCGAAUGACUGAAGCAUUGAAGGAUGUUGGCCUUGAUGCUAUUGAUGUUGUUCGACUAAUGAAUAAAACUAAAAAAAUGCCAACCAAAACAAUCAAAAUUACAUUUAUGGAUCCACAAAAUCGUAACAUCUUCGUACAUACUGGUCUACAAGUGGACUCAAUGCAUUUUAUUGCUGAACCAGCAAAUCAAAAUACUAAGCCGGUGCAAUGUUACUUAUGCCUUAAAUACAAUCACGUAGCCAAAUACUGCAAAACAAAACAACAGAUAUGUGCUCAAUGUGGUGAAAAUCAUCGUAUCGAUCAAUGUACUGCUGCUAGUGAUGCAUUAAAAUGCUGCAAUUGUAAAGGUAAUCAUUUAGCAACAUUAAACGAAUGUGCAACUUAUACAGAACAAGAGAAACGGAUGCAGAAUUUAAUUAAUCAAUAUUCAUGCACAAAUACACCACCAACAACAGCACCAGCCACACACGAUGCAAAUGAAUUUCUACCACUACCAAACAUCUUCCAACGUCAACAAGAUCAUCUACAUAAUGAAUUAUUCGACGAAAUUAUCAAUGUAUUAAGCAUUUCGUCGAUUUAUGUACCACCAACAGCAAAAAUUAACAUUAAUGUCUUUCGAGAACUUUAUAAUUUAAACAACAACUGCAUCAUAGUAGACGAUCUGAAUGCAACAUUACAUCAUAUGGGCUCAAGAAGAACUAAUGCAAGAGGAAAACAGCUGCAAGAGAUAAUCAAUGAAGGUUAUAUAAAUUGUAUCGAUGAUGAUAGUACGACAUUUGAAAAGAAGGAUUAUGAAGAAAAGUUAGACUGCAUAUUAGCCAGUCAACCGCUUCUAUCUUUAAUAUCAAACGUCGAAACUCAUCCAACACUUGGUGCAUUAAGUGGUCAUAAACCACUAACCUUCGAUGUUCCAAUUGGAGCCGAACCUAAACCAAUAUCUCCAAGAUUAUCCCUUAAUUUCAAAGCAGCAAAUUGGACUAAAUUUAGAAUUCUGCUUACAGCAAAUGACAAAACAUGGGAGCGGUUACAAAUAAUGCAAAAUAAAGCAAUUCGUGCAGCUCUAGGAUUACCUAUAUAUACAUCAGUCGAUUAUAUACACAAAAUUAGCAACAUCCCCAAAAUUAAAGAUUACGCUGUAACAUUACUUGAACGAUCCAUUCAAACAGCAACUUCAAAUAAUGAUAAUACAUUAAAACAACAUCUUCUAGAUAUACAAAAACAAAUUUAA